CCCACCCGGAGUAUUCCACCGAAUAUUCCCCACCUCCUUCUCCGAUACGACUACUCCAUCCCCCCAUCCACCUCCUCCGUUUCAAUUCUCCGCCGCUCGCCGCCGCCGCCGCCGCCGCCGACGACGACGACCGUUCCACCGGAUUUCGAUCCGUUGAUAGCUAAGCUGGUAGAUCCCUCUCUCUCCGUUGCGGGGUGAUGGAGGCCUUGCCUCCGGUGGCGGUGGCGGGGACGGUGCUGGAGGACCUUCCCGAGGACGCGCUGCUGGCGAUCCUGGCGCUGCUGGCGCCGACGGACGCGGCGGCGGCGGCGUGCGCGUGCCGGAGGCUGGCGGCUGCCGCGUCGUCCCCGUCGCUCCCGCUCGCGCUCGCUCUCCGCCUCGGGCUGCCCCCGCCGCGGCCGCUCCUCCCCGCCUCUGCCGCGCGCCUCCUCCGCUCCCUUCACCGCCUCCGCCGCCUGCUCGGCCUCUGGCGCCGCCUCCCCUCCUCCUCCUUCUCCGGCUCCGGCUACCGCUCGACCUCGAGCUCGUCUUCCCUCGCCGCGUUCGAGUGGGCCCCGGGCGGAACCCUCGCCGCGUCGCUCCUCGCGCCCUCCGCGCGCGGCCUCGCCGUCGCCAAGUCCCCCUUCGUGACCCUCUCCAUCGACGAGACCGGCGAGACGGUGGCCGCCAUGGGGGACGUGCCGGUAAGCGUCAAUUUCGUCGGGAACAACCACAUUGUGGUGGAGGCCGCAGCGGCGUCGUCCGGGGACGACGACGACGAGGCCGCAAUGGAGGGAGGCUCCCCGCCGGAGGUGAUGUACAUGCAUUUCGCUAACCGGAGGAGCCCCGGGGCGGGGAGGAAGAGGAGGAGUAAGCAGGGGAGGAGAAGAGGCCGUGCAAUGGAGGCCGAGCACUUCGUGAGGAUUGCGGAUGCCGAGCCGACGGAGGCGCGGCCUCUCCAGGGGCUGUGGAAGGGAAUAAGUGAGAGUAGGACUCUUGAAUUUUACCUUGUCACCUAUGAUGACAUUGGAGGUAUCACUUGUCGACAAGUUAGUGAUACAAGGGGUCAAAACUCAGGGUUCACCCCUAUCUUUUGGACUACAAAUACAACAUUUCUUGAACAACCAUUCUCUGAGAAGGAGCUGGAUCAUUAUAUUAGACGUGAACAUAUUCAAGGCGUGGAUUCCGAUCAUGCAGCAACUGAGAACAGAGCUAUCUCUCGGAUCUUGUGCAUCAAUUCCAGUUAUGAUGUUGUCGAUCAUCAUCUGUCAGCUCCCUUAGAUGAUAUGAGGAAUGUGGAGGGAAGAAUUUGGCUAUAUGAUGAUGGAACCUUUGGGUUCGGGUUCAGUGGGAGUAAUUCAAUUAUAGAUCUAAAGCAUGUCUCCUCCGAUGGUUGUAUUCUUGAUGCUUUGCACUAAACUUGGGUCCUCCUGGCUUGUAGUUGCUGCUGGGAACCCUUUGUACAGUGUUGUUAGGAAAAAUUUAAUAGUUGGUGUGAGGCAUGUCGCCUCCGAUUGUUGUAAUUCUUUCUGACAACAGACAAAAUAUGGGUCAUUUCUGGCAUGUACUUGUUGCUAGAAUACCCUAUAUCGUUAUACUUAACGAUAUCAUGGUCCCUUCUAGCAUGUAAUUGUUGCUAGAAUACCUUUGUACAUUUUUUUAAACAUUGAAUUCCCAAUAAAUCAGAGUUGUUACUUCUUCA